ACAAAAUGCAGAAUGUCAUCACACUGUUGAGAAGAGAUGAAGGAAUUGCAAAUCUCAACAUACCAGAAGGUCUACCCUACCUUGAAUGUUAUUUACAAAGUCAAACCCCCACCAGAUACCGACGAAGAUUUCGCUCAAUGCCGCUUUCCUCUCAACAGCGGCACUCGAGGCAACACUGAGGCGUAUUUUCAGUUGCAUCAGAGCUGUGAGGGGUAAGUAGCUCCUCUCCUGCCCUUCAUAUUGGCCCAUCAUCCAUCUCAUCAACGCGGGCCAGAAGGCUGCUCGUGGUCUCAUGCAGCUUCUGCUUCUGCUUCGGCUUCCUGCUUUCCCAUCCAGGACAGGACCGCCUGGACAGGGAAGAGAUUUCACCAUCUCAUGUUUUGGUCAGGAUAUUCUUAGCAUUCCAUCAUUCUCUGGCGCAAUUGUUGGCCAUUUCCAUUCCAUCAAAAAAAGCCAGGAGAAUCGGCACGAGCCAGAAGUGGAAAAGUGA